GUUGUUUUGAAACGGAUUUUUAUGGGCAGUUUAGGGUUAAAACACUGUUUCUGCCCUCCCACUGCAUGUAAGCUAAUGUGAUAUGAGUGCCACCUAGCCUGGGAUUUUACUGUUCCUCUGGAAGAACGGGGACCAGCUUAUUCAUUUUUUAGUUUUUAGUUUCUAAGGCCCUGGCAGUUCACUGCAAAUUCUGUACACUGGAUUUUGUGUGUUGGUUGGACCUGAAAAGCUUAAAUGUGAAUACACCUUUGUGUCACAACCCUGGGAUGCCCUCUUCCUAAUAUAUGAUGCUGCGAAGAGCCAUGGUGGACAACUGGAUUUAAAAACUGUCUUCUGCGCAGCAUCAUGUCUGCCCUGCUGAUAGCCGUCCUGGUGUUUCUGGUUCUUGGGAUUGUGUGUGUCUUUAUUCUAAGAUGGCUGGGCUGCAGGUUGGCUGUGAAGUUCUUCCACAGCGUCCUGAAUGCAGAGCUGAAGAUCAAAUCAGUGGGCCUUUUCUCAGUCCGAGGAAUUAGUGUCCAGUUUUUGCCUCAACAUACACUGGAAAUAGACCAAAUAUGGGUUUCAAGCAAAUUAGUUAACCAAGACUUGCCGAGGUACUUGGCGUUAUGUGUGGGUGAGACUCGGGUACGGAUCGAUCUACAGGAGCCCCUCCGGCCACAGGUUCUAAAGAACCAUGGAGGAAAUAAGCGCAAGCCACCACUCAGCUCCUCCACACUGCACUUUCUCUCCCAGCUCUUAUCACUCCACAUCGGCUCCAUAAACGUAAUGGUGCUGAACCUGCUGCUCCCUGAGUCCCUGUGGCACAUGACCAGCACAGGCAUCACUCUGCUGCUCGAUCACCAAAGCAAAAGGUUGGCCUGGGACUUCUCAGUGGGACAGCUUAGCAGUAAAGUUCUAAAAAGCAAACUGCAGGAUACGUGUCUGGCGGAGGUGUCUCUGGGCCUGGCAGUGAGCGGGGAUGUGAGUUUGCCUGAUCUUCGGCCGGGUCAGCUUGCUCUGAGUGUGAGGACCCUGCUGGCAGAGCUGCACGAGGGGCUGUUCCACUCCCAGCUUCUGCUUCCCAAAGCAGCAUCUCCUCCAGACAGCAACACUACCAACACAGAUCAUGCAGAUGAUCAACAUAUCCAGUUGGAAGCAGUGGAGAAGCUUCAACAAGUGAUACCACAGAAGGUCAAUGUGGAUUUUGAGAACACUAACAUUACCCUCUCCAUGCACAGUCAGAAGCGGCAUCUGAACUGGACGCUAAAAUCUCUGAAGGUCGGUUACGACUGUGAUCACGAUCAGCUCCCCCUGAAGGCCUUCAGUUCUGAGCUCAGCUUUCCACACAGCAGCCUGGAGCUCCUGCUGGAAGAUGGGCUUCUUCUCUCACAGAGUAGGCAGAGGAUUAUAUGUCUCAAUACACUUAAAACUCUGCUGCAGGUGACCUCAGCGGAUAUCUGUGGCUCUGUGGCUAUCAACACCUGUAUAGUUCACUACCGGCAGCAGGAGUUCUCCCACUGGCUGGACCUUCUCUCCUGGGAACAGCGCACUCACAGAAAAGCAGCACACAGAAAAAGACCCUUCCCACUUGUUGAUGUUCCAGUCAAAAUCAGCACUUCUGUGUCCAAUGUCAACGUGUCUGUUCAGCUGGGAGACACUCCACCGUUUGCUCUCGGUUUCAUCUCCACCAGUGCAGAACUGCAGCACUUGGUAGAUUCUAGUACAGAAGAAGAAAGUGUGCAGGGUCUGAAUAUGAGCCAGCGAGUCUCUCUGUCCCUGGACCACUUUUGGUGGAGGGUGGGCCAAGGUUCUCACAUCCAGCAGGCUCCCCAUCCACCAGGCAAACACGUGUGGGGCGAGGCCCUCAUCCUGGACUCUUUCACACUGCAGGGCAGCUCCACUAAGCCCCAGGGUGUAGACUCCAAAUCUGCUGCGAGUGUGUGUGCAGAGUCCAGGCUGCAGGGCCUGCAGGUGGAGGUAUCUGAGACCUGCACUCUGUGUCUCUCUCGCCUGCUCUCUCUUUUAAAACUGGGUCAGUCUCAGAACUCCAUCACUCCUGAACCUGAAUCUAUAACACACGAGUCCUCAGCUCCUUGUCCGCUGCUCCCGGUCUUAAAUCUUCAGCUCAACCUGCAGGACACCAACGUGUUCACCCUCUCAAAUGUAGCAGGAGCCGUGGCGUUGAGGGUCGACACAGUGGAAGCUGCUAGCUCGUCUGAAAGCUCGCGAGUCUCAGUGCAGGGGGUUUCUCUGGUGGUGCUGAAAACACUUACAGAGAGUAUGGAGCCAUGCUGCCCUGCAGAUCAGACCUGCAGCCCCAUCCUCAGCCUCAGCAGCCUCGCUGUGUCUUACCAGAACACCAGCCGCACCCUGGAGGUCCAGAGCAAAGAUUCUUUAGCGCUUCAUUGGACUCCAUCUGAUCACAUGUUCCUUUAUCAGCAUGUGUGUGAGAGCCGGAGCUGCUGGAGCUCGGUGUCUGUAGUGCUGAAUGUGAAGCAGAAGGAGACACACUCAGACUCUACAGCUCUAUCUCCUCUGGGAGCUCCCAAUGUGUGUGUUGAACUCGCUAACACCAAGCUUACUGCGCAUGUGGGCGACCAGAACUACAUCAUCAUCCAUGCAGAUGGUCUGUCCGUCUCCAAGCAGAAUGAAACUACUAACGUCAAGGCGCCUCGCCUCGUCUUCAACUUCGAUGGCAAUGACAUCUUUACGUUCUCUGACCCGGAGCUUCAAAUGCUAGACGUGCCACCAAGUGAGCUUCAGGAACAUCGGGCUCGUUUCCCGUUUCUCACCACGCCAAACAACCGUGCCUGGAUCUUCUAUUUCCCCAGUCUGACUGUUGAGUUCCCUUACCAGUACAACUUCUCCAGCACCUUCGACAAGGCCAUCAGUGUGCAGAAAUGGUUGAAGAGUCUCCACCGUGGCGUGGCGGAGCCGCCCAAGACCGAGCGCCUUCCUCCAGAUUUGCUGUUCCGUGUGGUCCAGUUCUCUUUCGUCUUCCUGGACGACGUCUUCGAGAUUAAACUGAGGGACAACUACGAGCUGAUGAAGGACGAGAGUAAGGAGAGCGCUAAGCGGCUUCAGCUCCUUGACCGCAAAGUGGCAGAGCUUCGUAAGCAGCACGGUGAACUGCUACCAGCACGCAAGAUUGAGGAGCUUUAUUCCUCGCUGGAGCGGAAGCACAUCGAAAUCUACAUCCAACGCUCCCGACGUCUUUACGCCAAUACGCCCAUGCGCAAGUCCCUGCUGACCUGGACCCUCAACCAGCUGGAGCUCGUGGUGUUAGCCGACCAGUCCCUUCACGGGGUGGAGCGCGUCCGCCAGCUGCUUCGUGAGAUCGAUGGCGUCAGCCCCUUUCCCAGGGAGGGCCUGCCUCUGCUGGUGCAGUGGUGCCGUGCAGUCAGAUUCAAGGUGGCUGCCUUUCUAGUGAGGAUCCGGGAUUACCCCCGUUAUCUCUUUGAAAUCAGAGACUGGGAGCUGUCGGGACGGCUGAUUGGAACCGAGCAGGACGGGCAGCUGCGUGGACGACGCAAGGAAGUGGUGCAGCUCGGCCAGCCGUGGGGAGAAGUGACCGUCCACCGAAACGUUCCCCCUCUAAAAUUCUACUAUGACCUCACCUCAAACGUGUUCCUCUACACUAUUGUGUGGGGACCGUGCUGGGACCCUGCUUGGACUCUGAUUGGCCAGGCGGUUGAUUUACUAACAAAGCCUACAGCAGACCCUUCCCCGCUGCUGACCUGGUGGGAUAAAAGCAGACUGCUCCUGCACGGACGCUGGCACAUGAACAUCGACCAGGCCAACCUGCACCAACUGGCUACUGAGGACCCAUACAAUACUACAGAGAACAUGCACUGGGAGUGGAACAAACUGGACUUUGACUGGAAUCCUGGACAGUUCGUCUUUAAGGGUGACAUGGAUGUCAAUGUUAGGACAGCGUCCAAGUAUGAUGAUAUCUGUUUCCUGCACCUUCCCAAUCUUUGUAUGACCCUGGACCUCCAAUGGCUUUGUCAUGGUAACCCACAUGAUCACCACGGAGUCAUGCUCUGCUGUGCUGAUAACAUCGCCGAUGUGACUUCAGGACAACCACAUGACUCCUACAGGGCCUUCCGUUCUGAGAACCUCAACCUCUCCAUCACCAUGGACCUCAACCAGAACGCUGAUGCAGGAUCUUGCCAGCCCCAAAUCCUCCUGUACAGCAGCACACUGCGCUGGAUGCAGAACUUCUGGGCCACCUGGACCAGCGUGUCACGGCCCAUCUGCAGAGGCAAACUGUUCCACAGCCUGCGUCCGUCCCGCAAGAAGCUCGGCCAGCAUUACAAACAGAUGUCCUACACAGCUGCAUUCCCCAAGCUGCAGGUUCAUUAUUGGGCAUCCUUUGCUCAGCAGAGAGGCAUUCAACUGGAGUGCAGCAAAGGCCAAAUAUUUACAAGAGGAUCACAGAGGCUUAUUCCACAGGCGGGCACAGUGAUGAGGAGGUUGAUCUCGGAGUGGAACGUGACUCAGAUGGUGAGUGAACUGUCUCUGGUCACCGUCCACCUGAUGUCCUCUACCUCAGACGAGACAGCUGACCACCAGAUCAACGCCCAGGUGAAAAAGACCCACCUGCUCAGCCUGUCCUCCCUCAGCUACCAGAGACAAAGCAACCGAAUCGAGGAGGAGGUCACUUCCAAAGAUGAGACCAACUCCUCCUACACCCACAAGCUUUGUUUAGUGGACCUCCGUGCUUCCUGGACCACCACCAACAGGAACAUAGCUUUUGGCCUCUAUGACGGUUACAAGAAGGCAGCAGUGCUGAAGAGAAACCUCUCCACAGAAGCCCUGAAGGGUCUGAGGAUCGACACACAGCUACAGGCCAAAAAGCUGAAGCGCACCAUGUCUACUUAUUCCUCUAGUGCCCCUCCCUCCACUCCUGUCAUCCAUACUGUCAUCCGCCCAGAGAAGAGCCAUAAUGAAGGCACAUCCAUGCUGCAGAAGCUGAUCGAGGAGACGGAUAAGUUUGUGGUGUUCUCUGAAGAAGAUUCGGGAGUGAGUGAUCAGCUGUGUGGAAUUGCUGCCUGCCAGACAGAUGACGUUUACAACCGCAACUGGUUCAUAGAGCUCGUCAACUGUCAGAUGAUGCUGCGGGGCACCGAGACGGUCGGCUGUGUGCUGGUAUCUGCUGCAAAGGCUCAGCUGCUGCAGUGUGAGCACCUUCCAGCCUGGUACAACGACACCCUGAAGCAGAAGACUACGUGGACCUGCUCGCUGGACUGCAUGCAGUAUUUUGCCACUAUGGAACCAAACCCUUCUGAAAAGGAGGAUGUGCAGCUCUGGCUAGAGGUGAAGAACAUUGAGGAGCACAGGCAGCGUAACCUGGACUCAGUGCAGGAGCUGAUGGAGAGCGGACAGGCUGUGGGCGGCAUGGUCAGCACCACAACAGACUGGAACCAGCCAUCCUUAGUGCAGGAGACACAGCAAGUUCAGCGCAUCAUCUCACGCUGCAGCUGCCGCAUGUAUUACAUCGGCUACAGCCACGAUAUCGACCCAGAGCUGGCCACACAGAUCAAACCUCCAGAGGUUCGGGACCGUCAUGAGAAAGAGGAUCUGCUGAAGAAGCAGGCUGGUGCAGUAGACACCUUCACCCUGAUUCAUAAUGAACUUGAGAUCUCCACAAACCCAGUGCAGUAUGCCAUGAUCCUGGACAUAGUCAACAACCUGCUGCUCCAUGUGGAACCAAGACGCAAGGAGCACAGUGAGAAGAAGCAGCGGGUGCGGUUCCAGCUGGAGAUCUCCAGUAACCCGGAGGAACAGCGCAGCAGCAUCCUCCAUCUGCAGGAAGCCGUGCGCCAGCAUGUGGCUCAGAUCCGCCGCCUGGAGAAGCAGAUCUAUUCCAACAUAAGGUCCCAACCAGAGGAGAUGAGGGGAGACGAGCUGUCUGAUAUUAAUCUGCGCCUGCAGAAUCAGCUCAACCAGGAGAAAACAGAUUUGCAGAUGAAGAGUGAGGAACUCAACAUUCUCAUCAGGUGUUUUAAAGACUUCCAGUUGCAGCGAGCCAAUAAGAUGGAGCUGCGGAAGCCUCCGGAAGAUGUGAGCGUGGUUCGCCGUACAGAGAUCUACUUCGCUCAGGCGCGGUGGUGCCUCACGGAGGAGGACGGCCAGCUGGGCAUCGCCGAACUGGAGCUGCAGAGGUUCAUGUACAGCAAGCUAAACAAGUCUGAUGACACAGCUGAACAUCUCCUGGAACUUGGUUGGUUCACAAUGAACAAUCUGCUUCCCAACGCUGCUUACAAGGUGGUGUUGCGUCCCCAGAGCCCCUGUCAGUCGGGGCGUCAGCUCGCCCUACGCAUCUUCAGCAAAGUCCGCCCACCCGUGGGAGGGAUUUCUGUCAAAGAGCAUUUUGAGGUCAAUGUGGUGCCGCUUACCAUCCAGCUCAUGUAUCAGUUCUUCAAGAGAAUGAUGGGCUUUUUCUUCCCUGGGAGAAACGUGGAGGAAGAGGAAGUCGGGGAUGAAGAAGACAAGUUUCGACUCGUCACCACAGGUGUUGUGAAGCCCAGGCAGCUGUCUGAAGACUCCAUCGCUGGGCUGGGCCCCAGUAAAGGGGUGACGCAGGGGAUAAAUCGUACAGCAGGGGUCCGGAGAUCCUUCCGUAAACCACCUGAGCACCCUGUCGAUGACAUUGACAAAAUGAAAGAGAGAGCAGCGAUGAACAACUCUUUCAUCUAUGUCAAAAUCCCUCAGGUUCCCCUGUGUGUCAGCUACAAGGGUGAGAAGAGCAGUGUGGACUGGAAGGAUCUGAACCUGGUGCUGCCAUGUUUGGAAUAUCAUAACAAUACGUGGACCUGGCUGGACUUCGCCAUGGCUGUGAAGAGAGACAGCCGGAAAGCUCUGGUUGCUCAGAUGAUAAAGGAAAAGCUACGUCUGAAGCCGGCUGCUGUUGCAGAGUCUCGUGGGAAAGUGACUGAGGGGAAGGUGGACAGCAGCGUUCAGCAGCAGGAGGAAGACGAAAAGGCCCGGCUGCUCAUCGGCCUCAGCUCCAACGACAAGAGCUCGAGCAAGAAGAGCAUCUUCAGCCGACGCAAGUGAGCGACUGUCCUUCACGGAGCUCAGGGUAUAGAGAUGCUGAGUCCUGCUGAGCCUGGGCCAGGCAGAGCCUCUCACCAUUCACCACGUAAAGGACGAGCGAGUGCUCUCUCAUAGUUCUCUUCACCAGAGGUGCCUUCAGACGUCCACGCUGGCUCUGGACGAAUGAGACCAAUGAGGCCGAGGAGAUGUUCCCGUUGAGGAGGACUGCUCAAGAAUCACACUACUGUCUUUGAAGAGGGCACCAUACUUCUGAAUCAACGUUCUGAAUCACAGUCAUGAAAUGGUUUAGUACCAUAAUCAUAUGUUUCUGUGCCACUGUAGUUCAGUGCACUACAUUCACGACGGUCCUCAAAUAUCAAUGUAGAUGUACAUUUCAUGAAGCCCUGAUGAGAUUAGGGUGGAGAUUUUAUAGAGAGAAGAGAAGAGUUUAUUAAUUUCAGUCUCCCAGUUUCUGCAGUAACUCAGAAAUAAAUAACGGUUCCGUUUUGAUGAUGUUUGGUGAUGUUUUGAUCUCCUGCAGGCUCAGGAGACUCAAAUCUAAAGGGAAAUAAAUCUAAAGGGUCUUUCAGGCACAAUUGUAUGGUUUUGGUGAGAGAGGGAUUAACAUGUAUACUUUGUAUGCAGUAUUACAAUUUCACUGAAGCCCAUACCCAAUGCCUUUACCACUGAAAGAAAAGACCACCCUGACUGAAAAUGUAUACAUUUAAUUAAUUUCACAAAAUUUGCUGCUUUAAAGCUUCAGAUUGAACUAUAAUUCCAAAUAAGUCCCAGGUAUGUAAUAUAACAUUUUCAACCUCAGAUUUACUGUACUAAAAAAACAUAUUGAAAUAUUUGUGCAAUACCUAAAAACAAAGCAAAGCACAUCAUAUCGUAUCUGUCUGGUAUAAUGGUUGUGUAAUGAUGUUGCUGUUUGUGGGGAGCUUUACUGUUUGUAAUUUUUUGGAGCACUCUCAAUAAUGCUAUUUUUAACACUGUGGCACUUUUGAAGUUGUUUAUUUUUUUCCAGAGUUUUGUAUCCUUUCAUUUCAAUUUCGAUAUUAGAUGCGGUUGGUUUUGUUUUUCAGCUUCUGUCAAGAAAGAGCAGAUUUAUUUCAGACUAAAAAGAAGUGUUGUAUUUUUCCUGUUAUUUCAGAGCCUCGGCUCUGUUGGGGAAUUUUUCAGUAACAUGAAGUAUUUCACCAUGCUUUGUACACAAAUUGUCAAUAUUAAAAUUAAAGCCCCAACAAAUCUUUA